AUGGCGUCCUCCAGCAUCCAGAUUCGCACACCUGAAGAGGCAGUUGCGAGAAUAGCAUAUUUGGCCAGUGAUGUCGUUAUUUCAGUACAGCCGACGCUGAAGGACGACUCGGCCUUUUCUACACACCUCAACCGAUAUGCUGGCAGAAAAGACCCAAGUCUUAUCUGCAAGGGAGAUGGCGCCGUUCCCGAGAUCCAAUCCGUCAGACACAACAACGACCCCCUGCUCUCUGUAUUCGCCCCCAUCCGCUCCGGCCGACUCACCUCGGUGACCACCACCUCCAACGUCUUGUUGCCAUCCAUUGCGCACCUGUACAAGCUGGCAAACUAUCCCGUGGUCAUCCACGUCUCCCUUCACCCCGCCCAGUUCCCCGAUUACUCGGCUAUCACGGCCAUCAGAAACUCAGGAUGGACGUUCCUGCAGUCAGAGUCACUGCAAGAGGCACAAGAUAUGGCCAUCACAUCGCACGCUUUGGCUGUUCAGUCAGGAAAGGGUGUUAUCCACUACUUUGACCCGGGCUCCUGCUCACUCGACAAGCCAAUUGCUGCUGAAGAUGCAUCAAUCGUACGGGAGUUGCUCACCAUUGGUGAUGUCCGGCGGUUCCAGGCUGCCUUGAUCCCUAGCUCCACCCUCUAUGCCGACGAUGGGAUGGCCGCUGUGGCUUCUAAUCGAUCAGAGCCUUUGAUUAAUGGCGCAUCCGCGACGUCUAAUAGCCUCGCAGACUCGACCAUUUUGGACACGACCUCCAAGGCAACGCCAUCUGAGGGCUCGUCCGCCAGUCAACACAGCAGCUCCAGCGCACCCCCUAGUGUGUCUUCAGCCACAACCCUCGAUGAUGCACCCCCAGUCGUUACCUCCGAGGACAUAUACAAAUACGUUACAGCCAUAUGGGCACAACUCAAAGUGCUUUCUGGCAGAGAGUACAGCCCUUUCGAGUGGUCUGGCCCACGGUCAGCCGACAAGGCCAUAUUCGUGUUCGGGUCCGAUGCCGGCCUCUUUGCUGAGGCCCUGGAUGCCGCCAGGUCGAGCGAUAUAUACGCAAAGUCGGGCAUGUUGACCGCGAGACUCUAUCGACCAUGGCUGGGUGCAAAGCUGAUCGAGGCCAUUCCGAAAUCUGUCAAGCGCAUAGCCGUUUUGGAGCAAGUGUCGCGGAAGACGACAAAGUGGGGCCCUCUGUUGAUCGAUGUCCUGACGUCCGUCAAAAGCGGCUUCGGCGGUGUGGAACACAUUGUUGGAUACCAAUUGGGUUACAUUGCGCCCGAAACCAUCUCGCAGGCCCUCAAGGGUGUCUUUCAGAAUCUUACGUCACCGAAACCCCUUCAGAAUCUGGAGGUGGGGAAAAAAGACGGACCCGCUGAUGUCGCGUCCUUUCGUUUGGGGGAACCAAAGCUCGAAACCGCCUACACAAAGAUUCUAGACCAGCUGUUUGGCAACCGGGUGUACAUCGCCAAUGCCCUCAAGUCGUCCAACGCGGGGGUCGCUGCCACAGUUGCUUCCAGCCCAGAGUUUGGCUUUGGCUCCCUCUUGGCCCGCAAGGAAAACCGGCAGCGACUCGUCAAGGAAGUGAAGAACAUUGUCGCUUCCCCUCGGAAUCCGUUCGUCUCGCAGACGAAGCACUGGUUGACGAAAUGGGUGGAGACCAUCAACAGUGGCCUGAAGGUUGACGAUGUGGCCGAAGAGGUGGUCAGCCGGCUCGAACGCGAUGGCACUUCGGUGGCCCAGGGACUCCUGGAAAAGAAGGGACUCUUCCGAAAAGAGUCACUCUGGCUGGUCGGCUCUGAUGCAUGGUCAUAUGAUCUGGGUAACUCCGGUGUGCACCAUGUCUUGGCUUCUGGGGAGAAUGUCAACAUGCUCAUCAUCGACUCGACGCCGUACUCGGAGAGAGCAGCUGCAGAUGCUUCCAGGCGUAAGAAGGAUAUCGGUCUGUACGCCAUGAACUUUGGCAACGCUUAUGUGGCCUCAACUGCCGUGUACAGUUCCUACACCCAGGUUCUGCAAGCGAUGUUGGAGGCCGACCAGUUCGACGGUCCUUCGGUCGUGUUGGCCUACCUCCCGUACUUUGGCGAGCACGAGUCGCCCCUGACCGUGCUUCAGGAGACGAAGAAGGCUGUGGACGUUGGCUACUGGCCCCUAUACAGGUGGAACCCACAAAAUGAGACCAAGGGCGAGCCCAACUUCUCCUUGGACUCCGAGCUGGUCAAGAAAGAGCUCAAGGAGUUCCUCGCUCGUGACAACCACCUCACGCAGUUGAUGCAAAAGGAGCCUGCCUUUGCUGCCAAUCUCGCCCAGGAUUUCGGCACCGAAGUGCGAGCUCAACAGAAGAGGAAGGCCCGCGACGCAUACAUGCAACUUUUGGAAGGUCUUUUCGGUGCACCUCUGACGGUCCUGUAUGCAUCCGACAACGGCAAUGCCCAAUCCGUGGCCAAGCGGUUAGGCACUCGCGGUAGGGCGAGAGGUCUCAAGACGACCGUCAUGGCCAUGGAAGACUACCCAGUGGAGGAUCUUCCCACGGAGGAGAACAUUGUUCUCGUCACUGCAACUGCCGGACAGGGAGAGUUCCCCCAGAAUGGCAAGCCCUUCUGGGAUGCGAUCAAGGAUAACACCGAGCUUGACCUGGCUUCAGUCAACUACUCCGUCUUUGGUCUGGGUGACAAGCACUACUGGCCUCGCAAACAAGACAAAGUUUACUACAACAAGCCCGCGAAAGAUCUCGACAAGGUGCUGGCGAACUUCGGUGCCAAGCGUCUGGCUGACAUUGGACUUGGUGACGACCAGGAUCCUGAUGGUUAUCAAACCGGAUAUGCCGAAUGGGAGCCCAAGAUUUGGUCGGCACUUGGUGUUGCCAACGUCGAGGGCCUUCCCGAGGAGCCGCCACCAAUUACCAACGAGGACAUCAAGCUUGCGUCCAAUUACUUGCGUGGUACUAUUGUGGAAGGGCUCAACGACCAUACCACCGGCGCCAUCUCUGCGUCGGAUUCGCAGCUAACAAAGUUCCACGGCACGUACAUGCAAGACGAUCGCGAUGUUCGGGAUGAACGAAAAGCACAGGGAUUGGAGCCAGCAUACUCGUUUAUGAUUCGUUGCAGACUGCCCGGUGGUGUUGCCACCCCGAAACAGUGGAUACAGAUGGACGACAUCAGUACACAACUUGGUAACGAGACGAUGAAACUCACAACCCGUCAAACGUUCCAAUUCCACGGUAUCGUCAAGGGCAAACUCAAGCCGGCAAUGCAGGCGAUCAACCGAUCCCUCAUGACGACCAUCGCCGCCUGCGGUGACGUCAACAGAAAUGUCAUGUGCAGUUCUUUGCCAACACAAUCGCAGUACCAGAAGGAAGUAUUCGCUUACUCAAAAAUAAUCAGUGACCACUUGCUGCCAUCAACGACUGCAUACCACGAGAUCUGGCUCCAGGAUGACAAGGAAAAGAAGCAGAUUGCCGGGGACGCUGUUCAAGACUUUGAACCGUUGUACGGUCCCACGUAUCUUCCUCGAAAGUUCAAGAUCACCAUCGCCAUCCCCCCUCACAACGACACGGAUGUCUAUGCACACGAUGUCGGCCUGAUCGCCAUCAAGGGCAAUGAUGGUCACUUGGUCGGUUUCAAUUUGUUGGCUGGAGGUGGGAUGGGUGCGACGCACAACAACAAGAAGACCUACCCUCAAACUGGCCGAAUGAUGGGCUAUGUCUCCAAAGAAAAGGUUCACAUUGCGUGCGAAAAGAUCAUGUUGGUGCAGCGCGACCACGGUGACCGCAAGAACCGAAAGCAUGCCCGUCUAAAGUAUACCAUUGACGAUCUCACCGUCGAUGGCUUCCGCUCCAAAGUUGAAGCCUUGUGGGGCGAUGCGUUCGAGCCCGCCCGGCCAUUCCACUUCAAGAGCAACAUCGACACCUUCGGCUGGCUAAAGGACGAAACGGGCCUCAACCACUUCACCUUCUUCAUCGAGAACGGCCGUAUCGAAGACACGACCGACUUCCAGAUGAAGACGGGCCUACGCGAGAUCGCCAAGGUCCACAAGGGCGAAUUCCGCCUAACGGGCAACCAGCACUUAAUUCUCUCCAACGUGGCAGACGAGGACAUGCCACAGCUGAAGGAGCUCAUGAAGCAGUACAAGCUCGAUAAUUUGCAGUUCUCGGGCCUGCGCCUGAGCUCCUCGUCCUGCGUGGCGUUCCCCACCUGCGGUCUGGCCAUGGCCGAAAGCGAACGGUACCUCCCCGUGCUCAUCUCCAAGCUCGAGGCCUGCCUCGAAGAAAACGGCCUCCGACGCGAGUCCAUAGUGAUGCGCAUGACGGGUUGCCCCAACGGUUGCGCGCGUCCCUGGCUCGCUGAGGUGGCUUUUGUCGGCAAGGCUUUCGGUGCGUACAACAUGUACCUUGGCGGGGGUUACCACGGGCAGCGCCUCAAUAAGUUGUACCGGUCCAGCAUCAAAGAAGAUGAGAUCCUGGCUAUCAUGAAGCCGUUGCUGAAGAGGUAUGCCCUCGAAAGGGAGGAAGGUGAGCAUUUUGGCGACUUCUGCAUAAGGAAGGAUGUCAUCAAGAAGACGACGGAUGGGCAGAAUUUCCAUGACGAUGUAGCUGAAGAGGAGUCAGAUGAGGAAUAA